UCAGCUUGAUGCUAAACAACAACAGCUGCUUUACCAUGAACCCAGAAGGCGUUAAAGUAGUUUGCGAUGUGACAUGUAUGAUAACUAAUGUGUGUUGGCUUUAAAGGUGAGGUGUGCUCGUGCUGUCUGCUGCUCAUGGUGUUUCUUGAAGACUUGCGUCAGUCUCUUUAAAGGAGCACCAUGGCAAUGUGGAUCCAGGCCCAGCAGCUGCAGGGUGAGGCGUUACACCAGAUGCAGGCUCUGUAUGGCCAGCACUUCCCCAUCGAGGUGCGACAUUACCUGGCCCAGUGGAUCGAGAGCCAGCUUUGGGAUUCAGUGGAGUUGGACAACCCAGCAGAGGAGGCUAAAGCUAAGCGCCUGCUGGACAACCUGGUGACGGAGCUGCAGAGGAAGGCCACACUUCAGGGGGGAGAGGACGGCUUCCUGCUCAAAAUCAAGCUGGGUCACUACGCUAACCAGCUCAAGAGCACCUAUGACCGAUGUCCUUUGGAGCUGGUGCGAUGCAUAAAACACAUCCUGCACUCGGAACAGAGGCUGGUUCAAGAAGCAACUAACGCCAGCUGUGGGAGUGGGGGGCCGGCCAUGGACAGCCUGUCACAGCGCCACCAGCAGAUCAACCAGGCCUUUGAGGAGCUCCGCCUGGCCACGCAGGAAACUGAGAAUGAACUGAGGAAGCUGCAGCACAGUCAGGAGUACUUCAUCAUCCAGUACCAGGAGAACCUGCGCAUCCAGGCUCAGCUGAGCAGCCUUUCUUCGCUUCCUCCUGCUGAACGCACCCAACGGGAGACCACCCUUCAGAGCAAGAGAGCCACUGUGGAGGCCUGGCUCACGCGAGAGGCCAGCACACUACAGAAAUACAGGCUUGACAUGUCAGAACAACACCAGAAGACCCUGGCCCUCCUCAGGAAGCAGCAGACCCUGAUCCUGGAUGAGGAGCUCAUCCAGUGGAAGAGGAGGCAGCAGCUGGCUGGAAACGGGGGUCCUCACGAGGGGGCACUGGAUGUACUCCAGUCCUGGUGUGAGAAGCUGGCCGAUCUGAUCUGGCAGAACCGACAGCAGAUCCGACGCUGUGAACAUCUUACUCAGCAGCUUCCUCUGCCGGGGCCCAUGGAGGAGCUGCUGAGCAAACUCAACGCUGACAUCACUGAUAUCAUCUCUGCCUUGGUCACUAGUACGUUCAUCAUUGAAAAGCAGCCGCCCCAGGUGUUAAAGACCCAGACCAAGUUUGCAGCCAAAGUGCGCCUUCUUGUGGGCGGGAAGCUGAACGUCCACAUGAACCCACCUCAGGUAAAAGCUGUCAUCGUCAGCGAGCAGCAGGCCAAAGCUCUGCUGAAGAACGAGAGCACACACAGUGAAAGCAGUGGAGAAAUCCUCAACAACAACUGUGUGAUGGAGUACCACCAGGCCACAGGCACACUCAGCGCACACUUCAGAAACAUGUCACUGAAGCGGAUCAAGCGCUCAGACCGUCGAGGAGCGGAGUCGGUGACGGAGGAGAAGUUCACGGUUCUGUUUGAGUCUCAGUUCAGUGUCGGAGGAAACGAGCUGGUGUUCCACGUUAAAACCUUAUCUCUGCCUGUGGUGGUGAUCGUUCACGGCAGUCAGGACAACAACGCGACAGCGACGGUCCUGUGGGACAACGCGUUUGCUGAGCCGGGCAGGGUGCCGUUCAUUGUGCCAGACAAGGUGCUGUGGCCCCAGCUGUGCGAGGCCCUCGACAUGAAGUACAAGGCAGAGAUGCACAGCGGGCGAGGCCUGUCGGAGGACAACCUGGUGUUCCUGGCACAGAAGGCUUUCACGAGCAGCGGCAACAACCCUGAGGAAUACCGCAACAUGACCAUGUCCUGGGCCCAGUUCAACCGGGAGAGCUUGCCAGGACGUAACUUCACCUUCUGGCAGUGGUUCGAUGGAGUCGUGGAGCUCAUGAAGAAACAUCUCAAGCCUCACUGGAAUGAUGGGGCCAUCAUGGGUUUUGUCAACAAGCAGCAGGCGCAGGACAUGCUGCUGUCCAAACCCAACGGCACCUUCCUGCUGCGGUUCAGUGACUCAGAGAUCGGAGGCAUCACCAUCGCCUGGGUGGCUGAGAACCCCAACAAACCAGGUGAGAGGCUGGUCUGGAAUCUGUUGCCUUACACGACCAAGGACUUCUCCAUCCGCUCUCUGGCUGACCGCAUCAGUGACCUGAACCACCUCCUGUUCCUCUACCCUGACCGGCCCAAAGACGAGGUCUUCGCCAAGUACUACACCCCUCCACUCUCAAAAGCAGUGGAUGGAUACGUAAAACCACAGAUCAAACAAGUGGUGCCGGAAUUCACCACCCAGAACCCUGAAUCCAGCGGAGGAACUCCUACGUUCAUGGAUCAGACAGCUUCUCCCUCAGUGAGCCACCCCAACAACUUCAAUGUCUAUCCCUCCAUGAGUGACACCAUGCUGGAUGCAGACGGAGACUUUGACCUGGAUGACACCAUGGACGUGGCUCGCCAUGUUGAGGAGCUGCUCCGCCGGCCGAUGGCCAACCAAUGGAGCAGUCAGCAGUCUUGAACCUGAAGCUAAACCUGCUGCAGGUUAUUAGGUCUUACCUGACACAAACACACCCCGGACUUCACCCACAGCAAGAUGACCUGUCUUUAUCUGUCUGAGAUGUUCCUGCACAGAGACAGGUCUAUACAGUCAAGUGAAGGUACACCUCCUGUAAGAGUCGAUGUUAGCAGCGGUUAAUGUCCUCUUAGUCGUGCAGUAGUUUCUCAGCAUCGUCCUCGUGUGGAUGCUUGGGGGAUAACUUGAUGUGGUAGAUAGGAUUUUGAUACAUAACUGAGACAUACAGUCAGUUUUCAUGUAAGCCUUGUAUUAAUAUAUGCCUGAUGAGCAUUAAGCUGGCAGUGGGAGAUUUCUACGUUAAAGUGCACAGAUGACAAAAAUAGCUUUUUUUUAUUCAAUUCUUCAGAAAGAGUUCCGUCCACACAGUCAACACAAGUUAAAGCAGCUGAAUCUGAUUCCUCUCUUUAUCACAGGGAGUCUUUUUUUAUUUCUUAAUGUCGCUGAACAUCAGCCACUGUGAAGACAAACAGUAUUUAAAUCAGCUGCUUUAACCACAUCCUGAUUAUACAACGGAGACUGAAACAAGCAGAAAACAACAAACACGUCUUCCAGUCGGGCAUAUUGGUAAAUGUUUGCUCCGUCUAAAGCUUAGCUGUGGGUCAAGCUGUACGACGGGAUUAAUCUGAAGUUGUGUGGAACAAAAAUCAUGGUUUAAACAUCACUCAGUUAUACCCAGCUAGUCUUAAAUACAACCCACCAAAGGUCAGUAAACUUGAGUUUCAACUUUCUACAUUUCCAUAAUGUUCCAGCAGGGAAGAAGACUGCCGGCAUGCUAGCCCGUAGAGAGGCGUGUAAACAAAACUCAACAUGUCUUUUUAAGUGUUUUAUGUGGAAGGAAAUGUAUUCAACCCGUUUGGUCACCGCGCCCACAUACGCAUGUAUUGUUCUGGAGAGGAAAGGUGAAUGUAAAGUGAAACUUUCUACAAUAAAACUCAACAGGAUACUUUUAAACCUUC